AUUGAAUGCAUAAAACUUACAGUUUUAUAUUAAAUUUAGCAGUAAAAUGUUCAUUGUUUGGCCAAUAUAACAGGAAACAAUCCGUUAGCAGCUCUAAACUGCGAUCAUGGAACUAACUUAUAUGUAGUUAUCUGUACAGAAUGAUGAUUGUAAGUGUUAUAAAUAUUAUUAUUUCACCUUAUAUUUGCCGAUGCACGCAUGUGUUGUUUUUGCUUUUAACUUUUUUAAAAGACUUAUAGGUAGGUUCGGAGAUGAAAAAGAUUAAGAAUGCCAUUUGGUCUUUAGCUUUACUAGCAAUGUACGUGGAUCCUGGAAAAACACAGGGGCCUUACCCUCCUAUGCCUAUGAUGCCUCCGAUGCCCGGCCCGAUGCCGCCGCCCCCGGGCCCCCCGCCCGCACCUCCCCCCAUGAUCGCCAUAUUUGUGACCGGCAACGGAAAGAAGAAAACCACCAGGCACCAUUCGGACGAUGAAGACGCAGAGAAUGAAAUCGCACCAAGUAGUGGUAAUAGUGCUCGACGCAAGGAUCCUCAGUAUGUUCCGUAUCCAGUACCUGUACCGGUGCCGAUGAGAGUUCCAGUUCCUAUGCCGGUCCCAGCGCCCCCGCCGCCUCCGCAGCCGGCGUGGGCGCCACCCCACUACCCCGCGACUCCUCCCCCUCCUCCAUGGGGAGCGCACCAUGGCUACCACCACGCACCUCCGCCACCACCAUACCCAUACGGGUGAAAUUUCGAUAAAUAACUAUGUACAUAUGUAACUUUAAAGUCACAUGUGUAUGGUUAGCUUGAUUAUAAGUAUUAAAUAAAGCAAACAAUGUUUUAUUAUUCUCAAAUUAAAA